UGGUGAAAAUGGCUGAAAACGGAGAUGGUGAGAACAUGUCUAUUUUGGAAAGCAAAAUCUGUCAGCAAAUUGAGUACUAUUUUGGCAAUCACAAUCUACCAAGAGACAAGUUCCUAAAGGAACAGAUCAAACUAGAUGAUGGCUGGGUGCCUUUAGAAGUAAUGAUCAAAUUCAACAGGUUAAGUCGCCUUUCAAAAGAUUUUAGUGUUAUUGUAGAAGCACUAAGAAAAUCCAAGACUGGUUUAAUGGAAAUAAAUGAAGACAAAACUAAAAUCAGAAGAUCUCCAAACAAACCCCUUCCUGAAUUAAAUGACCAGUAUAAGGCUGCUAUUAAAAACAGAUCUGUAUAUGUUAAAGGCUUUCCACUAGAUGCAACUCUUGAUGAUAUCAAAGAAUGGCUUGAGGAUAAAGGUCCAGUUGAAAACAUUCAAAUGAGGAGAACACUGCAGAGAACGUUUAAGGGCUCAAUAUUUGCAGUUUUUGAUAGUGUUGAAUCUGCUAAGAAGUUCACAGAGAUCCCAAACCAGAAGUACAAAGACACAGAGCUGAUAGUACUCUUCAAGGAGGAAUAUUGUACAAAGAAGAAUGAAGAAAGGAAACAGAACAAAGUAGAAGCUAAAGCAAGAGCUAAACAGGAAAAAGAAGAAAAACAGAAACAAGCAGCGGAUGCUGAAAUGAAGUCUCUGGAAGAAAAGACAGGAUGUCUUUUGAAGUUUUCUGGCGAUCUAGAUGAUCAAACAUGUAGAGAAGAUCUCCAUGACGUAUUUUCUGAUCACGGAGAAAUCAAAUGGAUACACUUUGUCAGAGGUGCGAAGGAGGGAAUUAUCCUAUUUAAGGAUAUUGCAAAAGAAGCUCUGGAAAAAGCCAAAGAAGCACAUAAUGGAAACUUACAGCUUCGGAACAAGGAUGUUACAUGGGAAGUGUUAGAAGGAGAUGCAGAGAAAGAAGCUCUGAAAAAAAUACUGGAAGACCAGCAAGAAUUGCUGAAACAGAAAGCAAAAGGACGCAAAAUUAAAGGAAAAGGAAGAGGGGGAAAGGCACCUCAAGGUACACAAAAAGGAAAAGUACAGUUUCAGGGCAAGAAAAUAAAGUUUGAGAAUGACGAUGAAGGUGGUGAAGAUGAUACUAAAACAGAACCAGCAGGUCCCAAGAAGAGACCACUAGAGGAAAUGGAGGAAGAAGAACCUGCACCAAAACAACUGAAAACAGAAAACGGAGACCAGUAAUACUAAAAUAAAA